ACAUACCAAAGUACGACGGUCGAGCAAGCGCAGAUUUUGAUUAGCUAUAGCAGUGUAAGGACCUUAAACAACAAGGCGAGGCAUUAUUUAAAGGUACUAUUAAUUUGCCCGACAACCACUGUGUGGUCAAUAAAAUUAAUCUCUGAAUAUAAUUUACAUUAACUUUGGUUCGCCCUACUCGUGUGGGAUUAUCGUUAAAAUAGCUAGGUUAACAGUCAGCUUGUAGUGGCUUGCUCACCCUUGCAGGUUUCUUUCAUAACCAUUUAAGACGCUGUGCAAAGUUUAAGUAGUUGAAGAUGGACUUCGAAACACCUUACGAAGAAAGCACUGACAUUGAGUUUAUUAAUUGCGAGAUUUGCAACAAAUCCCUGAGGGGGGAAACUUUGUACAAAUUACACGUGACUUCUGCGGGACAUUUAGAGAAUGAGGAGGCCUUGAUUGCUGAGGGAAAGAUCACCAGGCAACAAAUUGUGCCAGUCUUUGAGGACAUCAUUCAGUAUCUUGAAUACUUGAAAAUUGAUGAGCCCAUUAUUGGUCUGGACUAUUUAGUUGAAGUACCUGGUGAUAAUUCUGAAUUUUCAGGCAUCAGGUACAACUGUACACUCUGCAAGGUUCAAGCAUAUAUCACAGAAGCUGUUCAGCAUGUGAUUGGACGUAAACACAGACAAAAAUACCUGGAAAAAAAUCGUCCUGACUUGGUCAAUUGGGACCCUCAGAGACCCCAAACCAUAUCAGGGAAGUUGAUAAGAGCCAAAGCAGAGAUUGCUGAAAGACAAGAAGGAACAGGAAAACCAAAGCCAUCGUCUAACAAGACUAGACGUUCUUUUCCAAGAUUUUCUGCUCAAGGUGGACCACAUAAUGGGCAGGCUUCAAGUUACACACAAGACUUGGGAGCAACCACUCCAAAAUUUGGGAGCUAUCCUGAACGUCCAGGGAGGCAAUGGGCUGAUAAAUCUGACAUUGGGCAGGAUAGAUAUAAAGAUUCUUUAGUGGACAGAGCACCACUCCAUGACAGAGAAAUGUACACCCUAUCUUACGCACAAGAUGGGGAUAGUUUAGACUUUCCCAGGGAUUACACCAGAGAUUAUGAUCACGAGAGUAGAGAAGACUUCUCUAAUGUAUUCGGGCUUCAAGAUCAAGAUAGGAGGCAGUAUAGCCGCAGUCAAAGAGAAGAAGUUUAUGCUGAUGAUUUUCGAGAGCCACACGUUCAAAAAGAUGUUCUGAAAGAGUUUUAUACUGAAGAACUCAGACGUGAAAAACAAGCCAAGACUAAGCAGUGGUCUCAUAACGUUGAUUCCCAUCAGCAUGAGCAUAUGAGGAGAUCAGGAAGAGAAAUUGGACCAGCAGCCAGCCAGAGCAGUUUUUCUACAUCUUCAGAUGGCAAAAGCCAGUGUGAAAUCUAUAAAAUAAUGCAAGAUUAUAGGCAUAGCGCUGUUGCCUUAGAGCAUCCAGAAGAAACAUUGUCAAACCCUGGGCCAAGCAGAGCAAGCCCAUCCAGGUCUGGAGACUUGAGCAGGAAAAUGGCUGACAUUCCCGAUCCAUUUAUGCGCUUCCUCAAGGGUGGGUCCAGUUGUGAAGAGCCAGUUGUAAGAAAAAGAAAGAGUCGCUUCUCUGAUGCUACAGAAGAGGAACUUAAAGCUGCUCAAAAGACGUUUAGUAAUGAGUAUGGACCAACAGAUCCCAAGUUUCCAUCACUGAGGCCUGAAAUACGAGAACUAAAACCACAAAAGACUGAUUCUCAUAAGGGCUAUAAAACUGAAACCUACCAAAGGGAGCAGCUAGUGGAGCGUUCUGAAAGUACAGGGGACGUCUUUGAGAUGCUGAAAAACAUUGAAAUUGAAAAUGAAGAUGAGGCCAACUUCCUGAAGGAUCGACUCUGCAGUGUCUUGAGAGAAUUUAAGGCCAGAAAGGCUGAGAAGGCUUUGCAAACUGGCCAAAACAGAGCUGCCAUUGUUAAAGAGUACAACAGCAUGAGGCCAGUUCCAGAGGAACAUAUUGAAGACCUCUAUGGCAGACCACCCAGAGAAAAUCUGGAUGUCAGAAGAGUGGAAGAUUUUUAUGAUGACCCCAGACCAGAACGACAUGAUGAAAUUAGUGAAGAUUUCCAGGAGUACCAACAUCCUGUACUUUCUGAGGCAAAAUAUUCCAACAGUAACCCACAUAAAGACAUGCAGAGGUGGCCUAAAAAUCAACCGCAUGCACCUGGUUUUGACGAGCCAGCACAUUUUCCCAGAAAGUACCAAGAGCCUUCAAGGUCUCGAGACUUCCAGUCGGCUGACCAUUUCUCAGAUUAUCACUCACCCACAUCUCGUCACCCUAUGGACCAUGGGCCAAGGAUGAGUAGGCUGCCUCAGUAUUCAAGGAAUUUGGAUAAAAUAACUUCUACUCUCCUUGAACUUGUUGCAAGAAAAUAAAUAUAUAGAUGUAAACUGUUCAGCUGUGUUUUUAUGUGAGCUACAACUAUAACAAUUCAUUUUUCUAUAAUGAAUGGUGUGACAUUUAUUACUAUUAUUGUGGUACAAUGAAAUGUUUUUGUUGAAAAACACAUAAAAUAUCAGUUCUUAUACCUUAUUUUAACACGUUUUUGGAAGUAAGAUCUAAAAGUUUAAAUCAUUAAACUCUACAUAUUUUGUGAUUUCAAACGAUUUGCAUGUAAUCAGAAUUUAGAUUUUCCCCACGUAAAAAACGUCCCACCGUCUUAUUUUUAUUGUAUGUUUAUAUGGGCUGUAAUACAUUUUCUUUUCCCACUAACCCUUCCGUUUAAAUUAUGCUUACUAUUGUAUUAUAUGAAUUGUAAAAUAUUGAAUUAAAUGUAUUUAAAAAAUAAAAAUUAAAAAAAAUAAAAAUCGGCGCAACUUACGUCAUCACGUU